AUGGUGGGAGAUUCGAAUGUGAAGGUUCCAAUGGCAUUCAUAACGGAACUAACACCGUCAUUAGACAAACCAUCUGCUAAUAUGACACUCUAUCAUCAAAUGAUAGGUUCAUUGAUGUAUUUAACUACUAGUCGUCUAGACAUCAUGUUUUCUAUUUGCUAUUGUGCCAGGUUUCAAGCAAAUCCUCUCGAACCCCACAUGACUGUUGUUAAGAACAUCUUCAGAACCUCACUCGGAAUUCAGUACCCUUCAAGCUCAGGGUUCUUUAUGCAAGCAUUCUUAGAUGAGGAUCUUGCCAGAUGCGUUCUGGAUCAGAAAAGUACAAAUGGGGGAUGUCAAUUUCUUGAUGGCAAACUCGUAAGUUGGCAAUCAAAAAAGCAAACUUGUGUCUCCCUAUCAACUGCUGAAGCUAAGUACAUUGCAGCUGCCUCUUAUACCUUGCAAUUAAUCUGGAUACAAAGUCAGCUUCGUGACUAUGGGAUUAAUAUGAAGUGA